AAACUUCCUUAUAUAAACCCUUCUCUUCCCUUCCAUUUUCCAACUCCAACACUCAAAAUCUCCCAAUUCCCCUACCGACAAACCCAAUUUUACAAGCAAUUCUCAUCAUUUUAAUGGCUUCCAGAAGGCUCCAGAUGGCUCUAGUUCUGGUCUUGGCGGCCCUUUUUUGGGAAAGAGCCACGGCUCAGUCAAACUUAAACUGUAACAACACGCUCACCACCAUGGCGCCAUGCGUCAACUUCCUUGUGGGAAACUCAUCGACCCCUUCAAGUUCUUGCUGCUCUCAGCUUGGCGCCGUUGCGAAAUCUGCCCCGGAUUGCCUUUGCGGUGCUCUCAACGGUAGUGUUCCUACAAUGGGGAUCAAUAUUAACAGAACCAUUGCUCUUACCCUUCCUGAUGCCUGUCAACUUCAAUCUACUUCAAUUAACCAGUGCAAACAAUCCAUUACUGCCGGAGCUUCACCUCUUGGUUCCCCAUCAAAUACAAGCCCUUCUUCAAGUUCUUCAAAUACAACUACACCGCCAGCCUCAGGAUCGGGGUCUACAUCUGAUGGAGGCAUCGCAAGGGCACCUAUGCAUUUUGUUCUCUUCCUUGCUGGCAUGGCAUUGUGUGCCUCAACCAUCACCAAAUUCUGAGUGCCUUAAUAUUACAAAUAACAAUUAUUCUUUUCCGGAUUUCGCUUGAGGAUGAUGCUCAUUUAUGAUUUACACAAUUUGUAGUUUUUGUAUUAUUAUUUAUUAUGUGGGUUGUUUAAUAAAUGAUGAAAGAGUAUUGGCUUCUCUA